AUGUCUGUGUCAGGGGCUGACAAUCAGGUUGGGUCGCAAGCCCUCUCACUUCCAGACCUUUCUGGGGUAGUCCCUACCUCUACAGAAGCAAGAGCAAAGUGUCGCAUCGCUGCAUUGGAAGAGGAGCUGGAAAGCAUGAGGCAAGAGAGAGGAAUCAAGCAGAGAAAGACAACUUACUAUGUUGCUCAAGGUAGAGCGAUUCAUCGGAUGGUCAUGCUCUAUACCAGCUUGGAAGACUUGAUCGCCGAGAAUGAUUGCAGAUACGAGGAGGGGAGCCCAGAGGAUAAUACCACAGAACAAGAUCGCCUGCAGUGUGGGUACAUUGUACUCGCGCAGGUUCUGCCAUGGCUACAUGCAAAACUUGGACAACUUGAUAUCGACGAAUGUCAAGAUAUGCUGAAACAGCUCAAAAGAGGAGCGGAUGCGGCCCGUGGUGAUGAUACAUCCACUCUCAAAGACCUCGUCGCUUCCUGGGUCAAUCAAGAUUUUCGACCAUCUUCUCUACUGAAGUCCGAUGACAAGCAGAUGCGCGGCUUUGUACACAACAUUUGUGGGAAGUUACUCUGCCCUUUGGAGUGGGACUGGGGUGAUAAUAGGGUGAAAGCUGGGAUCCGUGACAGAAUGGUAGAUUACAUUGUAUCGGAAAACUCUUGGCCACUAUUUGUGUACGAGAAAUACAUGGUCAACUAUGGCAACCUCGAGCAAGGCCUCUUCAAGUCCAAGAUUCUGGUUCAAGCUUUCAAGGCUAUAUUCACAUCUCCCUCUUCCGCAAGAGAGGCUGACGGUGACGGUGACGGAGCUGACAUCCUCAAAAACAACAGGCGUGCCCGGAAGGUCACUUCUCGCUCCAUCGCCUACGUCAUGUGCCAAGUUCGUUUCGCGCUGUCCAACAUCUCAUCUUGGCGCACCAUUGAUGGUGACUUUGACUAUGAAGCAUUCUGGAACAACGUGGUAGACUUUUUCAAAGAUGUCCCAGGACCUGUCGCACAAUGUAGGGUGAACCAACUUCUCGAAUGGUGGUCCAGGAAGGUUUUUGGAAACAACCAUCGUCAGGACCUAACACCAGAAGUCAUAUCUCAUAUGUCUGUUACUGCACUCGCCCAACAGAGAAAGGAGCUGGAGGAUGCUAUUUUCGACUCGGAAUAA